AUGAGCCAGCCAGACUCUGCCUGUCCCCCUGACCCCAGCUCUGCACCCCUGUGUGUGGUGUGUGGCCAAGCCCACUCCCCUGAGGAAAACCACUUCUACACCUAUGCGGAAGAUGUGGACGAUGACCUCGUGUGCCACAUCUGCCUGCAGGCUUUGCUGGACCCUCUGGACACUCCCUGUGGACACACCUAUUGCACGCUCUGCCUCACCAGCUUCCUGGUGGAGAAGGACUUCUGCCCCGUGGAUCGUAAGCCUGUGGUGCUGCAGCAUUGCAAGAAGUCCAGCAUCCUGGUCAACAAGCUUCUCAACAAGCUGCUGGUGACCUGCCCGUUCCCGGAGUACUGCACCGAGGUCCUGCAGCGCUGUGAUCUCGAGCAGCACUUUCAGACAAGCUGUAAAGGCGCUUCCCACUACGGCCUGACCAAAGACAGGAAGAGGCGCUCUCAAGAUGGCUGCCCGGAUGGCUGUGCGAGCCUCACGGCAACAGCACUCUCCCCAGAAGUCUCUGCAGCUGCCACCGUCUCCUUAAUGACAAACGAGCCUGGCCUAGACAACCCUGCCUACGUGUCCACGGCCGAGGAUGGUCAGCCAGCAGACGGCCCACUGGACUCUGGCCGGAGCAACCGAACUAGGGCACGGCCUUUUGAGCGAUCCACUAUCAGGAGCAGAUCUUUUAAAAAAAUAAAUCGAGCUUUGAGUGUUCUUCGAAGGACAAAGAGUGGAAGUGUAGUUGCCAACCAAGCUGACCAGGGCAGAGAAAAUUCCGAAGACACCGCUGCCUCCGAAGUCUUUCCAAGGUUGUAUCACCUGAUUCCAGAUGGUGAAAUUACGAGCGUCAAGAUCAAUCGAGUGGAUCCCAACGAAAGCCUCUCCAUUAGGCUUGUGGGAGGCAGCGAAACCCCACUGGUCCACAUCAUUAUCCAGCACAUUUACCGUGAUGGGGUGAUUGCCAGGGACGGCCGGCUCCUGCCAGGAGACAUCAUCCUGAAGGUCAAUGGGAUGGACAUCAGCAACGUCCCUCACAACUACGCCCUUCGCCUCCUGCGGCAGCCCUGUCGCGUGCUGCGGCUCACUGUGCUGCGAGAGCAGAAGUUCCAAAGCAGGAGCAAUGGACAGGCACUGGAUGCCUAUGGACCCCGCGAUGACAGUUUCCAUGUGAUUCUCAACAAAAGCAGCCCUGAGGAGCAGCUUGGAAUAAAACUGGUGCGCAGGGUGGAUGAGCCCGGGGUUUUCAUCUUCAAUGUGUUGGAUGGUGGGGUAGCAGACCGACAUGGUCAGCUGGAGGAGAACGACCGUGUGUUGGCCAUCAAUGGACAUGACCUUCGGUACGGCAGUCCCGAAAGUGCAGCUCAUCUGAUUCAGGCCAGUGAAAGGCGCGUUCACCUCGUCGUGUCCCGCCAGGUUCGGCUGCAGAGUCCUGACAUCUUUCAGGAAGCCGGCUGGGACAGCAACAGGAGCCAGUCCCCGGGGCCGGGGGACAGGAGCAAUACUCCCAAGCCCCUCCAUCCUGUGGUCACUUGCCACGAGAAGGUGGUAAGUGUCCGAAAAGACCCCAGCGAAUCUCUCGGCAUGACCGUUGCAGGGGGAGCAUCACAUAGGGAAUGGGAUUUGCCUAUCUAUGUCAUCAGUGUGGAGCCCGGAGGAGUCAUAAGCAGAGAUGGAAGAAUAAAAACAGGUGACAUUUUGUUAAACGUGAACGGGAUUGAACUAACAGAGGUCAGCCGGAGUGAGGCAGUUGCAUUAUUGAAAAGCACAUCCUCCUUGGUGGUCCUGAAAGCUUUGGAAGUCAAAGAACGUGAACCCGAGGAAGCGAGCAGCAGCCCAGCAGCCCUGGACUCCAACCACAACGUAGCCCCGGCCAGAGACUGGUCCCCGUCCUGGAUCAUGUGGCUGGAAUUACCACGGUACCUGUAUAACUGUAAAGAUGUCAUAUUACGAAGAAACACAGCUGGGAGUCUGGGCUUCUGCAUUGUAGGAGGUUACGAAGAAUACAUUGGGGACAAACCUUUUUUUAUUAAGUCCAUUGUUGAAGGAACACCAGCAUACAAUGAUGGAAGAAUUAGAUGUGGUGACAUUCUUCUGGCUGUCAAUGGUAGAAGUACAUCAGGAAUGAUUCAUGCUUGCUUGGCAAGGAUGCUGAAGGAACUUAAAGGAAAAAUUACUCUUACUAUUGUUUCUUGGCCUGGCACUUUUUUAUAG